AGCCAGAGCCGGGAAGCCCGGGAUCAAAUUCCUCCAGGGUGAGCUCUGGAGAAGGCAGGUUGGCACUGGAGGCCCAAGGAGGGAGGGCGCUGGAGGGGACGAUCUUCUCACUCACCCUGCCCCAGCCUGGUGCUCUGGAAAAGGCCAGCAGCCAGCAGCCAGCAGAAGCCCCUCAGUGCCUCUCCCUCCCCACCCUGCCUGCCUGAGAGAAAGCAAACGAUGGACCCAGACAGGACUCAGAUAAAUCUUGACCCCAGGUACACAGCAGAGCUGCUGGAAGUGCUGAGAACCAAUUACAGUGUCCCAGCUGCCUGCUUCUCAUACCCUCCCACGGCAGCCCAGCUCCUGCAAGUCCUGAGCCCCAUGGAAGUGACCCUCACGGUCAUCAUGACCCUCCUGGCUCUGGGGUCGGUGGGCAUCUUCCUGGAGGACGCCAUCUACCUGCACAAGAACACCGGCUGUCCAAUCAAGCGCAGAACCCUGCUGUGGAGCAGCUCUGCACCCACGGUGGUGUCUGUGUUCUGCUGCUUCGGUCUCUGGAUCCCUCGCGCGCUCACACUCGUGGAAAUGGCCGUUGUCUCGUUUUACUCAGUGUGCUUUUACCUGCUCAUGCUGGUCAUGGUGGAAGGUUUUGGGGGAAAGGAAGUGGUGCUGAGGACGCUGAAGGACACCCCGAUGAGGACACACACGGGGCCCUGCUGCUGCUGCUGCCCCUGCUGCCCCCCCAUGCUGCUCACCAGGAAGAAGCUGCAGCUGCUGAUGCUGGGCCCUUUCCAGUACUCCUUCUUCAGGAUCUCACUGGGCCUGGUCGGCCUCUUCCUCAUCCCCGACGGCAUCUACAAUCCAGCAGAUAUUUCAGAGAAGAGCACUGCGCUCUGGAUCAACACACUGCUCGCCGUGUCCACCUUGCUGGCUCUCUGGACCCUGGCCAUCCUCCUCCGUCAGGCCAAGCUGCACCUGGGCGAGCAGAAUGUUGGGGCCAAAUUUGCUCUGUUCCAGGUGCUCCUCAUCCUGACCGCUGUGCAGCCUGCCAUCUUCUCCAUCCUGGCCAACGGCGGCCAGAUUGCCUGCUCGCCUCCCUAUUCCUCUAAGAUCAGGUCUCAAGUGAUGAACUGCCACCUCCUCAUCCUGGAGACAUUCCUGCUGACUGUGCUGACGCGGAGGUACUACCGAAAGAAGGACUCCAAGGCUGGGUACGAAACCUGCUCCUCUGCAGACCUGGACAUGAGCGCAAAGGCCUGAGCGACAGCUUGGGCAGCGGCGAGACGCUGGGCUCACGGGACAGCACAAGGUUCCCUGGCCCCUCAACCUUGACCCAACAGGCCAGAGUUCCCGGAGCCGGCACUGGCUGGCAGAUCCUACUGACCGGCGAGAGGAAGGGGAACUGCAGUAUGAUGUUGUUUUGGGUCUGGCCCGGGAAGGUAUUUUUAAAAUUUUGUAAUAAACAGAGUCUGAGAGUCUAACUG